GAAGGAGGGAAAUUCCCGCUUUGUGGCCUUAACCAAAGAAGUAGUUGAGUGAGGAGUGAGGAGAGGAAGAUGAACGCGUCGCCGUCGGAAUCAGAGGCCGAGGAAGCCCCCGAUCUGGUGUGCCAGCUCGACAACGUCCAGGGCAUGGUCGACGCCUUCACCACUGUCCGAUGGAAGCGCCAUCAGGACGCCGUCGUGGAGCUAUCGGAGCACGGCGUCGUUUUGAUUGUCGAGGAAACCGGUUGUCUCCAGGCCAAAGUGUAUCUGCAGCGCGAGCUUUUUGUUCGUUACGAAUUCAGAGGGCAUGGGCGGCCCAGGUUUGGAGUGAGUUUGGGCCUCUUUGUGGAUUGCUUGAACACAUUUUCAGUUCCUGGGAAAUCGAGUGUAAUUGAGAUUCAAUAUCCCGGUCCUGAUAUGCAGCUUCUUGUCAAGUCUGUUGAUUCAUUGGAAUCUUGCAUUUACGCCGAGAUCAGGACAAGAAUCCCUGAUACAGUUUCGUGGGACUACAAUUUUGAACCUGCAGGGAGCACCCCGAUCUCUUUUACUGUUAAGUCUGCAGCACUGAAAGAAGCGAUUGAUGAUCUUGAAUGGCCUGGAUCAAGCAUCCAGAUCAGCCUACAACCAAAUCCCCCUAUUGUUACCUUUAGAGGUGAAGGCCAUGGAGAUUUACAGAUAGACUUUACAUACUAUGUCAAUACUGAUCUCUUGGUAGCAUUUCAAUGUGAUCGUCAAGUAGCUUACAGGUAUAAAUACAAGUUCCUUCGAGCAACAACUUCAAACAUUCCCAGCACUGUCAUUAAAGAUAACAGAGGAAGCAAGUUGACCAUUGGGAGAGGUGGAUUGCUGAAAGUACAGCACCUAGUUUCAGUGGCAAGACCAACUACUUCACACCCGCGCAUAGACUCUGCUGGAUAUCAACAACCAAGUCGAAUUGCCUAUAUUGAAUUCUUCGUGAAACCGGAGGAAGAUGAAGCCACAAUACAUGAUUAGAUAUUACUUGAAUGUAGUUCGUCUAACUACUCAACAUUGUAAUUGCAGCAGUGAAUCUCACUUUCAGUGGUUACAGAUAUCUUUAGUGAAACUCGUCAUGCAUUCGAGGAAAAAAAUCAGUCUUUAUCCCA